CGCUGCCGAAGUUUAAACUAAGCAAGAUGGAAUCGAGCGAUACAUUCAGCUGUGCUGUUAGAGUAAAACAGGAACCAAUUGAUAUGUCGCUAGAUGAUAAUGAAGAUAAUCAAACAAUUGACAAGGCCCCUGAAGUUCAAAAUGUUGAAUUUUCCCAAUUGAUGCAUGGAAAUACAGUAAGAGUUGAUAAUUUUGUGAUCCAAAGGCUUAAACAAGAGUAUGAUGAAACAGCUGAUCCUCAUGACGACAUGGAAAUAAUUUUCGAGUGUAAAGAUGUAAAGCCCGACACGGGUUUAUUACUACUUAAGAAAAUGGAGGAUUCUUCUGAAAAUUAUUUGCAGAAUAUGAUAUUCAACGAUCAAACUCAAAAAACAAUAAAAGUAGAAAAUGCUGGGGUAGUAAAAGAAGAAUUUGUUAAUGAAGAAGCAGAAAAAUUGAUUAUGAAUUCCGAUUGCGAACUCAGUAAGCAAAAUGAUAAGAGAAGAGUUGAAGAAACAUCAAUCUUUAAACAUAGACUCAAAACAUCCAUCGAUAAAGUGAAUAGUAGAAUCAUUUGUGAUACAUGUGGAUUGAAAUUUAAAACAAAACUUGGUCUCAAACGCCACAACGACGGGAAACAUAAGGGUAUAAGACAUGCAUGUAAUGAGUGCAAAAAGUCAUUUAUCCAAAAAAGUUCCCUCAAAAUCCAUAUCGAAAGUGUGCACACUGAUAAAGUGAAUAGUAGUAUCAUUUGUGAUACAUGUGGAUUGAAAUUUAAAACAAAAUUUGGUCUCAAACGCCACAACGACGCGAAACAUAAGGGUAUAAGACAUGCAUGUAAUGAGUGUGGAAACUCAUUCUCACAGAGAUUUCAUCUUAAAAUCCACAUUGAAACGGUGCACACUGAUAAAGUGAAUAGUAGUAUCAUUUGUGAUACAUGUGGAUUGAAAUUUAAAACAAAACUUGGUCUCAAACGCCACAACGACGCGAAACAUAAUGGUAUAAGACAUGCAUGUAAUGAGUGUGAAAAAUCAUUCACUCGCAAAUUUCAUCUUAAAAUCCACAUUGAAACAGUGCACAAUGGUUUUAGAUAUGCAUGUGAUAUUUGCGGGAAGAACUUCACAACGAAAAGUAUUCUCAGAACCCAUAUCGACUCGGUGCAUAAUGGUAUAUCUCAUGCAUGUAAUGAGUGCGAAAAAUCAUUUACCCAUAAAAGGCCCCUCACAAUCCACAUGGAAAAUGUGCACAAUGGUAUCAGAUAUGCAUGUGAUAUUUGCGGGAAGAACUUCACAACGAAAGGUAUUCUCAGAACCCAUAUCGAGUCGGUGCAUAAUGGUGUAUCUCAUGCAUGUAAUGAGUGUGAAAAAUCAUUCACACAGAGAUCUCAUCUUAAAACCCACAUUGAAAAGGUGCACAAUGGUGUUACACAUGCAUGUAAUCAAUGCAGAAGAUCAUAUUCACAAAAAAGUAAUCUCAAAAUUCACAUCGAUAAUGUGCAUAAUGGUAUAUCUCAUGCAUGUAAUGAGUGCAAAAAGUCAUUUAGCCGUAAAAGGACCCUAAAAAUGCACAUGGAAAAUGUGCACAAUGGUGUCAAAUAUGCAUCUAGUGAGUGCGAAAAGUCAUUUACCAAAAAAAGAAUCCUCAAAAUCCACAUAGAUAAGGACAAGACACAAUAGUGUCCGAUAUGCUUGUGAUAUACGCGAGAAGAAAUUUUCAGAGAAGAGUUCAAUUAAAAGACACGUUUAUUCGGCCCACAAUAGUGUUUCAUAUGCAUCCGACAUUUGUAAAGAGAAAUUCUUACGUGACAGUAAACUCAAAAAACACAUCGAUUCGUUACACAAUGGUGUUAUAUAUGAAUGUAAUUAAUGCGGAAGAUCAUAAUCACAAAACAAUCGUAUUAAAAUCCAUAUAGAUGAAGUGCAAAAUAAAAUUACGCAUGUGUGGGAUAUUUACGGAAAGAAAUUCUAAACAAAGAGUAAUUUCAACAGACAUAUCAAUUCAGUGUAUAAAGAUUGAGCUUUCCUCAUUAGGUAUGACAAAUUUUUGUAUUUAUGAUAUUGUGUAUUAGCCGCGCAUGUACAUGCAGUCAGACAUAUUUGUAAAAUUAUCAUCUUGAAACCCACAUCAAGACUCUUGAAGUAAUGAUUGAUAUGACGCACGACUCACCCGCUAUGACUAAAUAAAUGUAUAAAAUGUACGUUCAAUUAUGCCAAUAAUAGCAAUGCACGAUGUAGUGCAUUGGGUCAGAAGACUUACUCAAA